AGAAGAAAUGAAUUAUCUUUCAAAGAUUCUGUUCUUUCCCUUCUUCUUCCUGUACUAUGCCAAGUUGCCAACCCUGCCAAAGAGUUUGUCAUCACCUUGUCAUCACUACCUAAGAAACUGCUCACCAGUUCCCAUUUCUUCCAGUCUCCUUAGAAUCACAUGUUGAUGUGAAUAACAUCAGUUCCAUCUUCCUCUAGCUAGGCCACCUUUGCUUGUUUUCUACUGCAUUACAUGCAUCAACCUCCACUAAAACUACUCUUUGUCUUGCCUUUCUUUGAUUUGUUGUUGGGCCAGUGAAUGGUGAAGGUUCUUUACUUCAUACUCUGUUGAACUCUUGUUUGAGUGGGAUGGUUUCAUGAAGGUCACUUUCUGUUUGAAUACUAGCUAUAGGAGGAGGAAACUUGUUAGGGAAGGCUUAAAGAAGAGGAAAAGGGAAAUGGUGUCUUUUCUUGUUUGUGAUAGAAGCUGUGUGGCCUCUUCCUGUUGGAUGUGUGCUUUUUGAGGGCUUUGGGAAAGGAAGAUAAAGGAAUGUUGGGGUUUGGAGUUGGAGAGAGGAGGAUGAGCAGUGUGGGCAUGGAGACAAGCUGUAAGGCUUUGCUCAGAGAGCUUCAGCACAUAUGGACGGAGAUAGGAGAAAGCGAGUCGGACAAGGACCGAAUGUUGAUGGACAUUGAGAGGGAGUGCCUGGAAGUUUACCGUAAGAAGGUCGAUGAAGCUAAUGAUGCAAAGGCACGGCUCCAUCGGGAGGUUGCUGCUAAAGAAGCAGAGCUCACAGCUCUUAUGGCUACCCUUGGGGAGCACCCCAUGUAUUCCCCGAUGGAGAAAAGGUUGACACCAUUAAAGGAGCAACUUUCAUUAGUCAUACCUAUUUUAGAAGAUAUGAGAUUAGAGAAAGAGGAAAGAAUCAAACAGUUUAUCGAUAUACAAGCACAGAUUGAUAGGAUUCAUGCAGAGAUAACAGGACUUCCUCACCAGAAUAGUAAUGUUGCGUCUUUCAGUGUGGAUGAACAUAAUUUGUCGAUGCUGAGACUUAAUGAGUAUCAAGCACAUCUUAGAACUUUGCAGAAGGAUAAGUCUGACCGUCUCCGAAAGGUUCUUGAGGGUGUCAAUGACGUGCAUUCUUUAUGCUGUGUGCUUGGACUGGAUUUUGCAAAGACAGUGAAUGAAGUUCAUCCCUAUUUGCAUGAGAAUGGAUCCAAACAAGACACAAACAUCAGUAAUAAUACACUGGAUGGCUUGUCGUCAGUGAUCAUGAAGUUAAAAACAGAAAAGAAGCUUCGUUUCCAAAAGUUGCAAGAAACUGUGGAGUCUCUUUUCAAACUCUGGAAUUUGAUGGAUUCAACCAAUGAAGAGCGGAGACGCUUUGCAAGAGUUACCUGCAUUUGUGAAUUAAAGGAGAAGGACAUUACAAGUUCUGGUUUGCUCUCAACAGAAUCUAUCAAGCAGACAGAAGCUGAAGUUGCGAGGCUUACAAAACUAAAAGCUAGUAGAAUGAAAGAACUGGUUUUCAGGAGAAGGUUAGAAUUAGAAGAAAUAUGCAGAAGGGCACACAUUGAACCUGAUGUAAGCACCGUACCUGAGAAGACUACGGCAUUAAUAGAUUCUGGUCUUGUGGAUUCUUCUGAACUUUUGGCAAACAUUGAGACACAAAUCAUAAAAGCCAAAGAAGAAUCUAUAAUCAGAAGAGAUAUUAUGGAUAGGAUCGACAAGUGGUUAGCAGUUUGUGAGGAAGAAAAUUGGCUCGAAGACUACAACCAGGAUAGUAACAGGUAUCAUGCUGGAAGAGGUGCACACUUAAACCUGAAACGAGCUGAGAAGGCACGGUUAGCUGUCAUGAAAAUCCCAGCUAUUGUAGACAAUCUGAUCAGCAAAACAUUUGCAUGGGAAGAUGAAAGAAACAUUCCAUUCUUGUAUGAUGGGGUUCGCCUUGUGUCGAUUUUGGAAGAUUACAAACUCACUAUACUACAAAAAGAAGAGGAAAAAAGACGACAACGGGAUCAAAAAAAGUUACAGAAUCUGCUUUUAACUGAGAAAGAAUUGAUGUAUGGAUCUAAACCAAGUCCAAAAAGAUGCAACAGUUUCAAUAGGAAAGCCAGUGGAUACCAUGUCAAUGGAAGUGAGAAUGGAUUUACCACUCCUACAUCUAGACGGCUUUCCGUUAGUAGUGCAACCCCUGAACUACUCACUCCCCGCUCAUAUUCCAGUCGGUACCAUGGUUACUUCAAGGAGACAAGACAUUUAUCAACUACACCAUUGAACUUUGUCGCCCUUUCAAAAGACGAUAACACAUCUUCCUUCACAUCUAUAAGUGGUUCAGAGCCCGAGUCCCCUCUUGGCUAAAGAUGUAAACAACUAUUUACUACAUUGUGUCUUUAGAUAUUGAAUUGGUGAGUUGUCUAUAAGAGUGAUGCAGAUUUCUGGGCAGCAGCAAUUAAUUCAUAAUAUUUCAUGGUUUUAACUUAUAGGAUUUAUAUAUGUUUAUAGGAGCUCACUGUAAGGUUAUACGAAUUAGUUAUAUGUGUUCCAUUUUUAUGAGCUGUGUUCUUGUAAUCUUUACUCUUAUUGCUGCCAUUCCUGUAAAAAGGUUGAUGUUGUUUGUAACUUGUGAUGAUAGGUAUUCUUCAAUCAAAUGCAUUGUUUGCUUCA